AUGCAUCGGAAUAGAGUCGGCAUCUUAGUGGAUGGAGAGCUGAGAGGUCAGGUGGUGGAGGUUAAGAGGGUCAGUGAUAGGCUGAUGAAGAUUAAGUUGGUCUUUGGGGAUUUUUCGUUGCAUGUGUAUAGUGUUUAUGCACUGCAAAUAGGCUUGGAAGAGGAGGUAAAGGGGAUUUUUUGGGAAGAUUUAGAUGAGAUGGUGAAAAGCAUGCCUAGCGCGGAGAAGAUCGUCAUAGCAGGGGACUUCAAUGGGCACAUUGGGGUCCUACCUGGAGGCUAUGACGAUAUGCAUGGUGGUUUUAUCUUCGGUGUUAGAAAUGGAAAAGGAGCGGCCCUAUUGGAUUUUGCGAGGGCCUUUGAGCUGGUGGUUGUGAACUCGAGUUUCCUGAAGAAGGAGGAUCACUUGAUUACCUUUCGAAGCACAAAAGCCAAGACUCAAAUUGACUUUUUACUGCUUAGAAAGGGGGAUAGGGUGCUAUGUAAGGACUGUAAGGUCAUUCCGAGCGAGCACCUCUCAACCCAGCAUAGGUUGUUAGUGAUGGACUUGUCUAUCAAGAAGAGGAAGAAGAGGGGUCGGGGAGGGUCGAUCUAG